AUGUCUACGAUGAUUUUUAUGUACUUCAUUUACAUCGUCCUCUACGCAUCGGGAAUUGCAGCCAACCUUAGCUACCACGUCCAUGAAAAACGAUCCAUUCCUGUCUGGUGGCAAAGAGUGUCUCGUAUAGAUCCCCAUGCUUUUCUCCCGCUGACGAUCGCAUUGGCUCAGCAAAACCUAGAACAUGCCGAAGACUACCUUCUCAGCGUGUCUGAUCCAAGCUCGCCUCAGUAUGCUCAAUAUUGGACGGCUGAAGCUGUUGCGGCGAAGUUUGCGCCAAGCGAGCCCACCGCAAGAAAAGUGAUGAGCUGGCUCAAUCAAUCCGGUAUUGCUCCCGCUGGGGUUCGCAGAUCCAAAAGUGGUGGGGAACUUUACAUGAAUAUAACAGCUCAGGAGGCAGAGAAGCUGCUUCAUACAACUUUCUACAUCUAUAAGCACCAACUGACCAACAAAACCUUGGCAAUAUGCGAAAAAUACAGCGUCGCUACAUUCGUUGAGAAGUAUGUUGACUUUAUCACCACUACGGAGCAAUUUCACCAUGGGCUGCGGCGCCGAAGCUUCCAAGAUCCAGAACCGAGGAUGCCAUCUGGAAAAUCGCCCGGCCACUAUGUAGAGCUCGCGGAUGACAGUUUUCCUUUUCCUUACCUUUCUUUUGGUUCAUCAGUUGGUCUUCUCAAGAACAAGAUAUUAUCUGAUUCCUUACCAUCUAAUUGCGACAAACUCAUAACGCCCGACUGCCUACGCGCACUCUACCACAUCCCCGUCAGAAAUACCUCGCAUCCGGACAAUUCUCUUGGGAUUAUUGAAUUUACAUGGGUAGGGUAUCUGGAGAGUGAUCUGGAUAAAUUCUUUAACAUUUUCCAACCAUCAAUGGUUGGUAAUCGACCAAAAUUUGAGUCUAUUGAUGGCGGAUUUAUCCAAACCCUGGUCCCUAGCUUUGCAUUUAAUGGAGAGGCCGAUCUCGAUAUCGAAUAUGCCAUGGCAUUGACACACCCACUUAAUAUAACAAAUUACCAGGUUGGAGACAUAUGGAGCUUGGGCAACAUGAACAACUUUCUCGCUUCUCUCGACUCUACCUAUUGCUCAGCGGUCGAUCCGGUGUAUGACCCAAUCUAUCCUGAUCCUACUCCGGCUAACCCCCCUCUACCCAGUGGGUAUAACUCUUCGGACUGUGGUACACAUAAACCUACCAAAGUGAUCUCAAUAUCAUAUGCAUACGAGGAGGGUGAAUUUAGUCCUGCUUAUGAGCGUCGCCAGUGUCUGGAAUAUCUCAAACUUGGUCUCCAGGGUGUUACCGUUGUCUUUGCGUCUGGCGACCACGGUACCGCUACAAGAGAUGGGAUGUGCGGGAAUACAGUUAUAGACAGCAACCAGAUCUCUGAUCAUGAGCCUAGUUAUGUACCUACUUUUCCAUCGACAUGCCCAUAUGUAACUUCUGUUGGCGGCACUCAGGUACCAGCCAACGGUAGUGUUCUUGAUGCUGAAGUUGCAUUCGACACCAUCAUAACUAGUUCAGACGGCAAUGUUAGCUCACGCCUUACCUCCGCGGGUGGCUUCAGCAACGUCUUCGCUGUCCCUGGUUAUCAAGCUACGGCUACUAGAGACUAUCUACAGCGUCUUCAAAACAAAUAUACCCUCCCCGUCAACCUAAACGUGACUGGAUUUGGGAGUGGCCGUGGUUUUCCAGAUGUAGCGGCCAACGCGGCCGCGUAUGCUACUGCUGUGAAUGGGAAACUAGUGAAAGUAUAUGGGACAUCAGCAUCAGCCCCUGUCUUUGCCUCGGUCAUUGCGUGGAUUAACGAUGCUCGAUUGAAUAUGGGGAAACAACCAGUGGGCUUUGUAAACCCAGUGUUAUAUGCAAAUCCUCAAGUCCUGAACGAUGUGGCCAAGGGAUCAAAUUACGAUUGUGCUAAUCUACCGGCUUAUCACGCGUCUUCUGGGUGGGAUCCGGUGACGGGGUUGGGGACGCCAAACUUCGAUCGUAUGCUUGAUCUUUUUCUACAGUUGUCUUGA